AAAAAAAUCCAGUUAUGGGGCAUUCAACAAUUUUUUGCUCAUCCAUGAGAAGCGAUUGUCAUAUUUCCGACGGGAUCCUAACUCAGCGCACUUUUCCUGCGCUGACAUCUGACAGUCGCUCCCUCCUUUCACAGACACGGAAGCAGCAUGGCGUCCAGCAACAGCGGCGGCAGCAUCUCCGACAGGCAACACAUCGCACAGCAAAGACUGAAGAUAAUUGCGGGCCAUUUACAAAGACCGACUGACGGUGGUUCGGCUAUCCUACCCUCGGAGUGCAAAGCUCAAGGUAGCAAGCCAGAUGCAUCCAGUGAAAGGAAGACGGUGCCGAGGAGGAGGCAGGAGAUUAUGAAAUGGAAUGGCUGGGGAUACAAUGAUUCAAGAUUCUUCUACAAUAAGAAAGGUCAAGCAGAAUUUACUGGCAAAAGGUAUAGACUAAGUGGUCAGAUCAUCCCUGGUCUGAAAGACUGGAUGGAAAGCACAUUUGGAUCCAGUCUGCAGCAUAAAAGUACAGCAACACCGAUUCUGAAUAGCAGCGCUGUCCCCCCUCCCAUUCUUAACGAGGCCUUCGUGGAGGAACUGAAAUCCACAGGUAUUCCGUUCUCUCACGAAGCAGAGGACCGGGUGUUUCGCGCCCAUGGACAUUGCUUACAUGAGAUAUUUGCUCUGCGAGAAGGGAAAAUUGGCCGUGUUCCAGAUAUGGUAGUAUGGCCAAACUGCCACAAUGAUGUAGUGAGAGUUGUAGAAUUGUCGUGCAAACAUAAUGUUUGUUUAAUACCAUAUGGAGGAGGGACUAGUGUCUCUGGUGCCCUAGAGUGCCCGCCAGAGGAAACUCGCUCCAUUGUUUCUCUGGAUACCUCACAGAUGAACCGUAUUCUGUGGAUUGAUGAGAAAAAUUUAACUGCUCAUGUGGAAGCUGGCAUCGUGGGUGAGGAGUUGGAGAGACUGCUUAAUGAGAGCGGAUACUGUACGGGGCAUGAGCCUGACUCCAUGGAGUUUAGCUCCCUCGGGGGCUGGGUAGCAACCAGAGCAUCAGGCAUGAAGAAGAACAUCUACGGUAACAUUGAGGACCUGGUUGUCCAUAUAAAGAUGGUGACCCCACGAGGUGUGAUUGAAAAGAACUGUCAGGUCCCACGCAUGUCCACAGGGCCGGACAUUCACCACUUUAUCAUGGGCUCAGAAGGAACCCUGGGUGUGGUAACCGAGGUAACGAUGAAAAUUCGUCCCCUGCCGGAGUAUCAAAAAUACGGCUCUGUGGUUUUCCCUAAUUUUGAGCAGGGGGUUGCUUGUCUUCGAGAGAUUGCCAGACAGAGGUGUGCUCCGGCAUCUAUACGGCUUAUGGAUAAUGAACAGUUUAAGUUUGGUCAUGCCCUGAAGCCUCAAGUGUCUUCAAUUUUCACAUCCUUUUUGGAUGGGUUGAAGAAAUUUUACAUUACUAAGUUCAAAGGGUUUGAUCCCAACCGGCUGUGUGUGGCCACCCUGCUGUUUGAGGGAGACCGUGAGAAGGUCCUGCAGCAUGAGAAGCAAGUUUACGACAUUGCUGCAAAAUUUGGGGGCCUGGCAGCUGGAGAGGACAAUGGGCAGAGGGGCUACAUGUUGACCUUCGUCAUCGCUUACCUAAGGGACUUGGGGUUGGACUACUAUGUGAUUGGGGAGUCCUUUGAAACCUCCGUGCCUUGGGACAGGGUGUUGGAUGUUUGCCGUAAUGUAAAAGAGCGCAUCGUUCGAGAGUGUAAAGAGAAAGGAGUUCAGUUUCCAGCAUUAGCCACAUGCAGGGUGACUCAGACAUAUGACGCUGGUGCCUGUGUCUACUUUUACUUUGGCUUCACCUACAGGGGACUCAGCGAUCCAAUACAUGUGUAUGAAGAAGUGGAGCGUGCAGCUAGAGACGAGAUCCUUGCCAGUGGAGGGAGCUUGUCACAUCACCAUGGAGUGGGUAAACUUCGGAAGAAGUGGAUGGAAGAGACCAUCUCCACCAUCGGCAUGGGGAUGCUGAAAUCUGUCAAGGACUACUUGGAUCCCAACAAUAUCUUCGGCAACGGGAACCUCCUCUAAUUCCCCACUGCCCUUUAUCUCACCUUUUUCUAAAAGCAUUCUCUGCAUUUUGAAGUAAUAGAUACUAAAUGUGAAUUUAAAUGGG